UAUGGAUUUUUGCCCCAGGAAUGGCAUUUUGACUCAUUGUAUUUCAGUAAGAUUUAAAAAAACAUGCUUGUGUGCAUUUUUAAAAAUUGCUAUUGUUACCAUUUGCACAAAAGGUGGUAAAAGCUGAUGAUACAAUGAUUUGUUUUGUACUUUUUAACAUAAGACUGGCAGAAAAAUCGUCUUGUUGCUCAAGAGGCUUUAAAUCCCCACCCUUGAGCUGUGAUUCAGCAAAUUCCUGGAGUAACCGUGGUCUGAAGCCCGGGUUCCUCCUUGUCCUGUCCUGCCGGGGGUGGAUUUCUCCCAGACAAGCCAAUGAACAGAAGCUCAUUUAUUUAUGUAUGUGGUGAGGAGGAAACUUACUGCACGGUCUCCCCACCUCUUCCUGCAAAAUGUUAGCUCUCUUUCGCACCAAUCGCUUCGGGUCCCGAAUGAAAAGGAGUGGCAGCAGCAGAGCCGGGGUGUAGAAGCUGCUGUUGUGAACAUCACUCUCUGGCUCUGCUGCACACCUCAUACAUAAAUAAUCGCUCUCGCCUCAUUUGAGCUACAGAGAGCAGCAAAAGCCGCCUGCCCGCAUCUUCCUUCGGCAAACCUAGGGUGCUCUUUCGGAGAGGCAGGACUGAGCCCUCUGUUAAUGACCGACAUCAUCGAGGAAAUACGCUUGCUUGCUUUUUUUUUGGCUGCAUUUCCCACCCCCCCCCACCGGAGGUAUCUUGAUGGGGAAGCUGAUCUCCAAAGGCUGGCGGAAAAGAGAUGCUCGAGUUAUCAUGCUGGGGCUCGACUUUGCUGGCAAAUCCACCCUUCUGUACAAACUGAAGAGCGGCCAGGCUGUGGAGACAUGCCCCACGGUGGGAUUCAACGUGGAGUCUCUGAAAACACCCUGUGGCGUAUCCUUCACCCUCUGGGAUGUUGGCGGACAAGACAGCCUGCGGGCCAGCUGGCCUAACUACCUGGAGGACAUCAACACCCUCAUCUUCGUGCUUGACAGCACCGACACGGCCCGGCUGGCCGAAGCAAUGGCAGCACUGGAGGAGGCCCUGAGCCACCCCGGCAUGGCUGGCAUCCCUGUGCUCCUUCUGGCCAACAAGCAGGACGCGCCGGGAGCGCUGGCUCCAGCCGAGCUGGGGGAGAUGCUGCAGCUGGGGGGGCUGGCAAGGCACCGCUGGAUGCUUCGCGGGUGCAGUGCCCACACUGGCCAGGGCCUACAAGAAGUCCUGGCCCUCCUGGGAAUGCUGCUGCGGGGCUCGCGGCAGAGCUCCCUAUCCCAGGAGCAGCCCAUCAUGAGGCUGGCAGAAAGGAGGCAAGCUCCAGAGCAAACCUGACCCUCACGUGGAUCUCUCCUUCUCACAGCUGCCAGCAGCUUUGUCACGGAGGAUUCCAGCCUCCAGGCACCCCUACAAGGAGCAGAGCUGCAGCUGGCACACUCUGUGAAACACCCAGCUCCUCACCACCAAAACCCACCAGGAGGAUCUCUGAGCAAAACUCCCAUCAUGAAGCAGUUCUGGCCACAUCUCUUGGACUCUCAUCUCUGGCUGCAGCUUGUCCCACUGUCAGCAGGUUCCACUCAUCCGCUGCACUUGUGUGUCCAGAGGUUUUAGCAAGGAUGCUUUUUAACAUCUGAGAAUUUUAACAGAGAUGUGUGCAAGGAACAGAAGUUUUCUUCAUUUUGCAUCUCUCAGCCCAGAUAUCCAGAUGGGAUGAUCCCCACACAGGGGGAGCUUGGAUGUGCCCCAUGCUGCUCCUCUCUCAGCAUGGAUCACACGUUCAUUAGCUGGGAACUCAGGAAAGCACUGAAAGGAAUGGCUGAAAGGGAGCAGUGUAAGCUCAGAACAUCAAAUGGCCAAGCAACUAAUUGGUUUUAGUGUGGCAUUUCCAAGUAUAAUAAUCUUCAAGCCAUGAAAGCAAGCUGGGAUUUGAUGGUGUAACGCAGUUUGAGGAUGUGUGUGUAUUAAUUUAUGCAUUUCUUGUAAUGGUUCUUUCUUUCUCCAUUCAUCAUUUUUAUCAAAGAAUUAUUUAAUGAAAGUGGUCCCUCAUUUUCCUUGGAUUAUGUUUAAAUAUAAAGAAAUCAGACAUGACUUUAAGAUGCUUGAAAAUACGUUGCCAUGGCCAGUCAACCUCUAAAUAUCCUCAUGGUGGCCUGAACAGCCAAGACAAAACCCUGUCUCUCAGACUUUUGAAACUGCAUGAGACCACUCCGCAGGCAUUGGUUGGUAACCAUGGGCACUUCUGGGCACAGGCAGGUUGGUGACCAAAGGUGUCUCCACACUCAGCUGUGUUCAGGGCAAAUGAAAACACCCGUGGCAGCUCACAACAGGACCAGGUCCCAUGUGGCAGUGGUGGUCUUUGUCCAAUCUUGCUCAACCUACCAUUGGAAAGAUCUAUAAAAUGUGUAUCCAAGAUUCUCUGAUCCAGAGUUAAAAUUAAAAUAUUUCAUAGUAGCCCCUGCUUCAUUAUGAAAUGAAAGGGGGAAGGGGAGGGAUAGGAUACAACAUUUUUAUUUCUAUUUUCCAUUUCUGUUUCUAUUCAGAAAUCAGCGGCUUUCAAGGAACAGAAUACUCAGCCUAGAAGGAGAAAUUCAUGGCAAAAUCCUCCUCUGUUCAUACCAGAGCAUUUUACAGUUGUUAAGGAAUUAAUUGUCCAGCUACUCCUGGUGCUGUUAUUAGCUGCACUUCAUAGAAGGCAGCAGCUGGAACAGAGAGCUCAAACAAUCACGAAGAAGCAGAAUCAGACAUUUAUAGGAAGGUCUCAAUAAAAGAAUCCUACCCAACUGUUUUAGCUGCAUUAGUGUAGAGCUACUACAUGCUAUAAAACAGUGCUGCAGCGUUGAUGUGACCUAAGCAGCCACAGUUAUGAGAGUAUUUAAACUGCACUGAAGCAUAUAAUUAAUUCUAUGACCUGUGUGCAUGGUGAGGAGGACAAAAAGCACGUCUUCAAGUCUUUGCAGGUGACAUUAGUUGGUUGAUCCACCUCCAGCUUGUUGCAGGUGGUCAUUUUUUGUCUCUAGCACGCAAGACUCCAACACAUCUGUUGGCCAUUUUGGACAUGAGUUCUAGAGGCACAACAUAAAAGGCUCCAUGCUGCAUUGCCAUGCCAAAAAAAACUUGUCCUUGUUGAGUUUGCUGGUGUUUUGGUCUUGUGUCUCACAUGGCACAAAACAGAGAAUUGUGCAUUAAGGUAAAUUCAAGAGAGACUGAAAGGCUUCUUGAUGUGAAGGUGAUGUCUUACUCCUAAGUGCCCUUGAUGCCUGCAUUUGACUCAUUUGACUCUACAGGAUUGUCUGCUGUUAGUAAAAAGAGGCACUGAAACCUUCCCAUUUUCCUCUGUGUGUUUUCUCAGCUCUUUAAAAAGAUAAAAAAUAGGCUUUUCUGGCAGCAAAUAGAGGUAACCGUCAGCCUUUGGCAGACAUCAAUUAAAAAUGAAAACAGCAAGGUGAGAAGUGGGGAAG